GUGGAAUGCGAGCUGAAGUAAUCGAGCUCGGCGCGAGGACAGGCAGUAGGACAGUGUACCCGCUCACACCGACAUGGAGUAAAGGAGAGCCGGGGAGAGAGAGGGAUACUCACCGGAUCCAGGAGUCGGGAGACACCGCCGCGUCACGGCUGUCUCGGUGCAUCCGAAAGCGACUCGUUGACGGAUACUGAGCGCGAUGUAGCGGGAUUCAUGGCGCACGGAUUCCUUCACUGUGUGUGAGAAAGCAGCAGAAGGCGAGUCGGCCAGUCGGCGCAGGGAUCGGCGGUGCGUCCAUAAUGCUGUGGCCGCUGGUGGCGCACUUCCUGUCGGCUGUCGCGCUGUGGCGCCCCGCUGUAGGACAGUACUCCAGCGACGAGUGCAGCUGGAGGGGAAGUGGUUUGACACAUGAAGGACACGCACGCGAUGUGGAGCAGGUGUACCUCCGCUGCUCUCAGGGCUCUCUCGAGUGGCUGUACCCGACGGGCGCCAUCAUCGUCAACCUGCGGCCCAAUGUGGCGUCUCCGGCCGCCGCCCACCUCUCCGUGUGCAUCAAACCGUCCCGGGAAUCGAGCGGCACGCACGUCUACCUGGAGCGGAUGGGUAAACUGCGCCUGCUGCUCCGCGAGGCCCAGCAAGCCGAAGGCAAAGUGCACUGCUUCGGCAUCCACGAGGGGGCGCUGUUCAUCGAGGCCGUGCCUCAGAGAGACAUCAGCCGGAGGAUCACGGCCUUCCAGUACGAGCUGGUCAACCACAGGCCCGGCGCCGAUUCUCAAUCGCUGAUAGCCCCGUGUCAGCCCUGCACUGAUGCCGAGCUGCUCCUGUCCGUCUGCACGAGUGAUUUCGUGGGGCGUGGCAGCAUCCUGGGCGUGGAGGAGGAGGAGGACGAGACGUCGGUGGGCGUCGGUCUGUCCCGCGUGUACAGGCAGAAGAGCGAGGUGUUCGUGAAGACCGGCGGACGGGUGAAGAUCUGGACCGGGAAACUCCUGAUGCCUCACGAGUGCGGCGUGAAACCCGGCGAGGGCGAGUUCCUGUUCACCGGCACGGUGCGGUUCGGACAGGCCUGGCUCGGCUGCGCGCCGAGAUACGCCGACUUCCUCAGGACGUACCAGGAAGCGGAGACGCAGGGGACCAACCCCUGUCACGUAGACACGAACUGAGCCUCACGUCACGUCACGUCACGUCACUUCUCCCUGCUUCGUACCGGACGCAUCCGGCUAAACCUUCAAAGACUAAAUCGGACUCUUUCCCGAGAGCGACUUCACACGUAAACCCGACGUUCUGAUGAGAAAUAUUCGGCAGUGAAAGAUGUAGCACACGUCCGUGUUUAAACUUUAAAAAAAAAUAAAUAAAUAAAAUGUGAAAACGUUA